ACAGUUUCAGGAGUCCUCACAUUAACAGAGCUUCAGUGUUCAUCAGUGUGUCGAGACUUGGACAAGAUGAGACUCUCGUCAGUCUGCGGGCUUCUCUUGCUGUGUGUCCACGGCAACUCUGUGGACGCAGGGAGUAUUUUUGACAGAUCUUCAUCUCAUAACGUACAGCGUCGGGAGACCAACACCAAGCGGAAUUUCUCAGAGGUCAUGGUUACAAAGAUGACGGUCUCUACGACCUGGUACAUCAGUGAGGGCGUCACUGCAGUGAUCAACUGCACCACGCACACAGACGAUGGGAACUACAGUGACAAGAUGGACCUUCAGCUGUUCUGGACCAAGAUGAACCCGAGAGAGAGGAUCAAGAAGGUCUUGGUCAGCCAGCGAGCGUCUAAAGGCAUCUCCUAUGUGCUGAGCCCCGUUACCCAUGAGCACCAGGGUGUCUACACUUGUGACGAUGAUGGCAGCUUCCCUAAUGUUUAUGUUCGAGAUUGGCACCAAAUACUCUGGGUGGAUGACGCUUCUCCAAGAGCUUCCAUAGACGUGGUCAGCCACAGCAGGAGCCAGUUCUUCAACGGUGAGACAUUCAGUGUGAGCUGUCAGCUGCCUGACGAUGACACCCAGUGGAAGAUGAUGAGAUUUAAUGACUUUGUGGGAAACAUCACAGAGUGUCCCAAUCGAGUGUCCUCAGGCCGCCGCCUGUCCUGCACCGUCCGUUCGGAAUUUCCCUGGGCGGACGUACUGUACUGGUGUGAGACUCCAGCAGGGGAGAGGAGCAACGCCCUCAACAUCACCACCAUGGCUGGUGUGAUGGUGGCCCUGGAGAGUCCGUCACUUCCUGUGCUGGAGGGUGAGGAUGUGAUGCUGCGCUGUUUACAUAAAAACAGAACCACAAACAAAAUCACCUCCAACUUUGGCGCCAUCUUCUACAGGAACCACCGUCGGAUUAGGGUUACAACUGAAGGCAACCUGACUCUGACAGCAGUGACCAAAGCUGACGAGGGAAUCUACAAAUGUCGGCACCCAGUGGACGGACCGUCUCAUGAAAGCUGGAUCACUAUUAAAGCUCGGCCCAAUGAAGACCAGAAGAAGAAGAAUGAUGAUGUCAUCAAGAUGCCAUAGAUGUUCCCUGGCUCCACCUCCAGGCCCAGUCACCUGAUCUCUGAUGGGUCAUUAAACAUGCCGUCAUAACAGUAGACAUGAGAGGCUUCAAGACUUUGUGUACAUGUAUCUACAUCAGACUUGCUGUACGCACGAGAAGGAAAUGUCACAUUAAGCUAAUCUCACUGAUGCCACAGCUGAUCGUGUAGUCAGACGAUGAUGUUAACAAAGGCCCUGCACCUAAGAUUUUUUUAUUUCGAUUUUGAUGUCUAAAUCACAAACUAAACAAGGUUUCAAAGAAAACUACAGCACCAUACUGAAGUGUGUGUGUCGGUGCGACCUCGGUGUAUCUGAAGCUCAGACUGAAUAAAACAUGGCGGAGAGACUGUGUUGUUAA